CAACAUCACAACUACCUAGUAGGCUGUGACGACCCGACCUCCAAAUGCAACGCUUGUCACACCGCAUCAGCUAGGUCUUCCUGAGCUUGCUGUGGUCAGGAUUUGGAAUCCACAGCAACGCCCGCAAAAGUCUGACACGAUGCUGACGCUGACGAGCUUAUCGCCUGCAGACAAGCGGGUCGCACACGAGUCGAUGGCAAGGUGACAAGCAACCCGACGAGUUGAGAGUACACCACUGGCAAUCCACGUUGAGUACACCUGACAAAGUCUGGGGUUGAUCUCAGCUGAACCAGUUCGUAUCGCUUGGUUUGCCCACGGUUGGGUGGCCAUUUUAGCCGAUGCUGCAGCGGAGGCUGAAAUGGCAACUCAUGCCGACCGGGGCUGAAGGCUUGCCACUGCAGGGGGUGACAUAAAAGGAUUGCGAGGUUUUCCCCUCCAGGAAGCUCGAAGUGACCAGCGAGGAAGAUUAUUCCCAUCAAGAUCCACCGUCACGAUGCGCAUCCUCUGCCUCCACGGAUACGGCACCAACCCGGCCAGCAUGAACCAGCAACUGGCGGGCUUGCGCAAACACGCGCCGCCGGACUGGGAGUUCGUCUUCCUGCGCGGACCGACCGAGUGCCAUCCCGCCGUGGGCCAGUCUCUCCAUCUGCACAUUUCAUGACCUGGACUAACAUGACUGCAGGCCUGGCCAAGAAGUUCCCCGGCCCGUUCAACUGCUACGCCCGGAGCAUGUCGCCCGACCAAACGAGGGACACCUACACCCUGCUCGACC